UGCCACAAAUUAGUGAUUGCUUAUUUGGCCAACCAAAAAAGAAAAACGGUGAUUGCUCGGUCCUCCCAUACAAAGCAGUGACUUGGUUCAUUGAGCCGGGAGAGACCAAAGAGAUGUCAAGGGGGACAAUGGCGGUUUCGGGGUUGAGAGUGGGCCGUUUUCCGUUAUUGUUGCAUCAUCAUCACUUAUCAUCAACCUUCAGGAAGCUUAACGUCCCCUCAAAGGCAAAGGGGUUCACUCUAUAUUCUCGCUAUGCACAAGCUCAGGAUCUGUUCUCGUCUCGUCGUUUACAAGAGAGUAUUGAAAACCUGCCGAAACUGGUGGAAGACAUUGUCCAGACAUCUAUCAAUACCGGUCCUCGUGGUGUGGUUAGGCUGGCUCAAGGUGUUCAAGCAUUUAUUGGGGUCGGUCAAGAGUGGUUAACAGAUGCAUCAAAGUCAACAAAUUCAUCUGCUGGGUUACCAACUGAACUGCAGCUUGGUUUACUUUCCCCAUUCUAUUUGAGGAGACUGUUUGAACGUAUGGGGGCAACCUACAUUAAAUUAGGUCAGUUCAUAGCAUCAGCACCCACACUGUUUCCUCCUGAGUAUGUACAGGAAUUUCAGAAUUGCUUUGACAGAACUCCUCCUGUUCCUUUUGAGGAGAUACAAUCAAUAUUGCGUGAGGAACUGGGAAGACCAAUUGAUAGUGUUUAUGAUUAUGUUGAUCCAACACCCCUUGCUUCUGCCUCCGUAGCACAGGUUCAUGGUGCAAGGCUAAAGGGCUCCCUGGAGGAUGUGGUUAUAAAGGUCUUAAAACCUGGAAUAGAGGACAUAUUAGUGGCAGAUCUUAAUUUUGUUUAUGUAGUUGCUCGGAUAUUGGAGUUCUUGAAUCCUGAACUAAGCCGGACAUCACUGGUUGGUAUUGUCAAAGACAUACGGGAGUCUAUGCUUGAAGAGGUUGACUUUUACAAGGAGGCUGAAAAUGUUGAAGCUUUCAGGAGAUACUUGGAAGCUAUGGCACUCACUGGCCAGGCAACAGCUCCAAAAGUGUAUCGAAACUGCAGUACUCGGCGAGUUUUAACUAUGCAGAGACUUUAUGGAGUUCCACUGACUGACCUUGACUCCAUAAGUUCACUAGUUUCAAAUCCAGAAGCCAGCCUCAUAACUGCUCUUAAUGUUUGGUUUGGAAGUUUGCUUGCAUGUGAGUCCUUCCAUGCAGAUGUUCAUGCAGGCAAUCUGUGGCUUCUUCGUGAUGGCCGUAUCGGGUUUCUUGACUUUGGAAUUGUUGGGCGUAUAUCUCCCAAAACAUGGGCUGCUAUGGAAGUAUUCUUGGGAUCCAUUGCCAUUGAAGAUUAUGACUCAAUGGCGUCUGCGUUGAUUGAAAUGGGUGCUACAAACAAAGAUAUUAAUGCUAGAGCCUUUGCCAGAGAUUUGGAAAAAGUGUUCUCAACAAUUAAGGAUUUGGACACUGAAAUAGUUGUGGCAACUAGAAGUGGAUCAAGUACAACUGCAACUGCUGUCUCUGCUAAUAUUGUAGUCGAUGAGAGGCAGAUGAAUGCUCUCUUCCUUGAUGUGGUUCAGGUAAGUGAAUCGUAUGGACUUAAGUUCCCUCGCGAAUUUGCACUGCUCCUGAAGCAGCUCUUGUAUUUUGAUCGGUAUACACGGUUGUUGGCUCCCAAUUUGAAUAUGCUUCAGGAUCAGAGGAUUAGAAUCGCCUCCAAUAGAAGAAGCAAAUAUAGAGAUAGUUUCGAAUGAUAUUAUACGAGAAACUCUAUGUACCCCUUAUCAGGCGGAAAGCUUUGACCGUAUUGUUACUAUUGUACAUAAGCAAAGUGUCUUAGUUGGUAGUUAACUACUUGAUUGGAACACUAGAAAAAUCUGGAAAUUCAACACUAGCUUAACUCUUACUCAUUGGAUGAUACCGAGUUGGGUUACAAGUUGGAACUGCUCCCUGCAAAAGUUAUGAUUAGGGAAAGAAAAAAAAAAUGAUAUUAUAAACUUUGUCUUA